AUGCAGACGUCCACUUUGGUCAUCGCCUCCGCCGGCACGGUCUUGACCGGCCUGUUGGCCUAUGCCGUGUACUUUGAUCACAAGAGACAGACCGACCCCGAGUUCCGCAAAUCGUUGAAGAAGAACAACCGACGAAUGGCGAGAGCCGUGAAGGAAGAGGCGGAGGCCCAGGGCGCGAUGGAACGCGAAACCAUCAAGCAGGUCGUUCAGCAGGCCAAGGACGAGGGCUUCCCGGCCGAUCUGGAAGAGAAGGAGGCUUACUUCAUGACCCAAGUCGCCAAGGGAGAGUCUCUCUGCGCCGAAGGUAUGUUUCCUGCGAUGACGCGACACUCCCAAUCCCUCCAUCCGCCCAUCAUCAAACCAACGUGGUGGCCAUUUGCUGACCAAUCCCGGGAUGCAGACAAGAUUGAGGCCGCCCUGUCCUUCUACAAGGCCUUGAAGGUGUACCCCCAGCCCAAGGACCUCAUCUCGAUAUAUGACAAGACCGUCCCCAAGGAGGUGUUGGAGAUCCUGGCCGAGAUGGUCGCCAUGGACGCCGGCCUGAAGCUCGGCUCGUUCACUGCUGAGGGUGGCAGUGCUGAAAGCCACGGAGUCGAGUAA